AUGGCGACGCUAGAUGCCGGCACCACAUGUUCCUCCUGGAAUCACUCCGGCCACCGAUUAGCCGCCGGAUCCUUAGACGGAAGCCUCUCCGUUUACGACACUCCUAAUCCCUCUGCUUCGUCUUCUUCCUCUUUCACUGUCACUUCCAAAGUUAGGGUUAGUGAAUCGAGCGUUGCGAAGAUCGUCUGGUUACCUUCGGAAUACGGCGAUUCAGUCGCCUGCAUCUGCGAAGACGGAAGCUUAUCGAUUUGGGAGGAAGUUUCUGAAGAUACACAUGCUCUUGAGUGGAAAUUGUGCAAGAGUAUCAACAAGAACAAGUCUAGCCAAGUCCUCGAUGUUCAGUUUGGAGUUUCGAGAAAGAGCCUAAAGAUGAUUGUUGCAUAUUCUGAUGGGUAUCUUAGAGUUUUCGAGCUGUUGAAUCCAUUGGAACUCAAGAAUUGGCAACUUCAGGCCGAGUUUCAGAAUGUGAUUGAUUCUCUGUCGACUCUUGGUAAACCUUCAAGCUUGUCUGCAUCUGUUUCUUGGAAUCCAGUGAGGAGUGAAGAGCAAGAACCGAGCUUUGUUUUAGCUUUUAACUCUGAUUCUCCGUAUCUUAAUUCUUCCAAGAUAUGGGAGUUUGACGAAGCUCACAACAGAUGGUUAGCAGUAGCAGAGUUAGCCUCACCAGAAGACAAAGGUGAUCCGGUUUACGCAGUCUCAUGGGCCCCAAACAUAGGCCGACCAUACGAGGUUGUUGCUGUUGCAACCCAUCAAGGCAUUGGAAUAUGGCAUGUUGGUCUUGCUCCUGACCUUGAAGGAAGGCUUCCGGUUAAGAAGGUCUCUUCGCUUUCCGGUCAUCAAGGCGAGGUUUGGGAGAUGGAAUGGGACAUGAGUGGCAUGACUUUAGCUAGCACUGGAAGCGAUGGGAUGGUCAAAUUGUGGCAGUCUAACUUAAACGGUGAGUGGCAGGAACAAGCCACGCUCGAACCACUUCCCUCUUAA